CCUGGACAAGCAGCUCUUCUGGCAGCUGCUGUGCUGGUCAGCCUGGCCUGCUUCCAGCUGCUGCGAGGGCUGUGGCGCAUGGUGGCCAUUGAGAGGGGCCUGUCUGACGUUCCCAGCGCUCCGGGGGGCAACCUGCUGCUGGGCCAUGUGCUGCCGCUGCUGAAGGGGACCCCCUGGGACAUCAUGGCUGCCUGGGUCAUCAAGUGCCCACCCCUGGUGCGACUGCGCAUUCUGCAGCGCAGCAUGGUGGUGGUGGGCAGCGCGGAGGGGCUAAAGCGGGUGUUCCAGACCAACGCGCGCAACUAUGUGAAGGACCUGGACUUCUCCUUCCACCCCUUCCUGCCCAUCCUGGGCACGGGCCUGGUGACUGCGCAGGGUGCCCUCUGGCAGUCCCAGCGCCUGCUCAUGGCCCCCACUCUGCGCGUCGACGUCCUCGACGAUGUGAUUGGGGUGGCGAUGCGGGCAGCGGACCGGCUGAGCAGCAAGCUGGAGGAGGCGGUGGCGGCUGGGCGGCCAGUGGAGAUGGAGGAGGAGUUCCGGCUGCUCACGCUGCAGGUCAUCGGCGAAGCCGUCCUCAGCCUGCCGGCCGAAGAGUGCGACCGGGUGUUUCCGCAGCUGUACCUGCCGGUGAUGGCGGAGGCGAAUCUGCGCGCGAUCCGCCCCUGGCGCCAGUACCUGCCCACGCCCUCCUUCUUUGCCUUCCUCUGGCGCAUGCGCAGCCUCAACUCCUACAUCCGCACCCUCCUGCGCACGCGCUGGCACAGCCGCCACCAGCGAUCCGGCGCCCCCAAGCGUGACAUCCUCGACCGCCUCAUCACCGCCAUCGAGGCCAAGGGCGGCACGUGGAGCAAUGCACUGGAGACGCAGCUGUGCUACGAAAUAAAGACUUUUUUGCUGGCCGGCCACGAGACGAGCGCUGCCAUGCUGACGUGGACGCUGUACGAGCUGACUCAGCGCCCCGACGCGCUUGCCAAAGUGAGGGAGGAGGCAGUGGCGGCUACAGCUCAGAGCGACGAGCCGAGCAGGGCGGCCGCAGAGCAGAUGGUGUACACAGUCAGCUCUCUGAAGGAGACGCUGCGCAAGUACUCGGUGGUGCCGGUGGUGACUCGGCGGGUGGCGGCGGACGACGCGAUCUGCGGCAUGCGCGUGCCGGCCGGCACGUACCUGGCAUGCUGCCUGCAGGCGGUGCACGCGGCCUGGCAGCAGCCGGGCGCCUGGCGCCCCGAGCGCUUCCUGCCCGGCGGCGAGUAUGACGGCUUCAAGGAGGACAUCCGCCCCUUCAUGUUUGUGCCGUUCAUCCAGGGGCCACGGAAUUGCCUGGGCCAGUACUUUGCACUCCUUGAGGCGCGAAUAGUUCUGGCACUGCUAGUAAAGAGGUUCAAGUUCCAGUAUGCUGCAUCCACGCCAGCUACCCGACAUCCUAGCGUGAUCCCUGUCGGCCCAGCAGAUGGCAUGAUGAUGCAUGUGAGCUGAAACGCGGCAUGAUGCCACGAUGGAAGUCUUCCUCCAUUUUUGGGAGGUGGCAGAGAGUGGGAAACACUAAAAUACAUUCAGGACUGAUAUCUUGGAGCGCGCCUGACCUAGCAUAUAUGUGUGAACCUCUGAGAGCAGUAUUGCGCAAAAGUAGAAGUUUUGUGAUGAGAGUUUUCACACUUGGGCACUGCCCCUAGAGCAGAAAUCUGGUGCAUUUUGAAAGAAUCCUUCCGAAUGCAAUAAAUGAUGUUGUGAUCACUGCG